UCUGGACAGAUUUUAUAUGUAUGUAUGUAUGUAUGUAUGUAUGUAUGUAUGUAUAGCCCGAGCAGAUUUUGUUAAUUUUCACCGCAAUCCAUAAUUCCAUAUGCAUAAAUACUGGGUGUGUUGGUUAGAUUCUUUUUGGGGUAGGAUAUGCUUAUCCGGGUUGAGUGAUGAGCAUAUUUAUUUAUUGACGUGCUCGUCAAGUGCUAAAAUUUUAGUUGGAAUUUCACGAGCUUUGUUCUAUGUCGGUCUUCUCGUCGCGAUCAGGAUUACUAUUUGCCAAUAAUAUAUAAAACAGAACUGCUCAUCAAAAGAUGCACCAUUUAUAAUUUUGUCCAAAUUUCAAGAAAUAAUAACUGUUUGCAUAUGCUUGUCAUGUAGGGGUGCGCGUGCAUGCAAUUAUAUGACCGCCAUUCCUAAAAAAAAAGCUUCACACCUUCACUAGAUGUUUGGAUGCAAUUAUCGUCUCUCCCGGCCGUCUUCGCCGCACCCGGCCGGCCGGAGCUCCUCCAGGCUUAGCCACAAGUAAUUAACCACCCAAAAACGCCAAAUCUCCCUUUCCAAUUCACUGUCCACUUGAAAUUACGGUGAUGGACAGAUCGUCAACCAAUUGGCGAGGAGGAAGUCUCCUUAUAAUAUAUGAGAAUAGAUAGAUGAUGGAGAGAAAAAAAGAGGGCAUCAUACUUUGUUCUUUAGUACUUCCUCCGUUCUAAAUUAUUAGUCCUUUUAGCUUUUAUAGAUAUAUCAUUUUUCCUAUGCAUCUAGACAUAAUAUAUAACUAUAUACAUAGCAAAAACUACGCAUAUAGAAAAGCCAAAACGGCUAAUAAUUUGGGACGAGGGAGUAAAAAAAAAUUAGCAUCUCCUAAUAACUUGUCAAGAAAAAAAAGUUAGCAUCUCCUAAUAACUUGUCAAGAAAGAAGAACCUGGUGAGUCACAUGUUCUUCACUUUCGAGCUGGUCACAUUUUCACUUUGGAGCUGCUGGUGGUCACAUCGAUCGCAUCUAUCUACAGCUCAGUCUACUGCGUGCGUUCCUGCUUUAAAUCACUCACUCGCAGCUUUAUUUGUCGCACUUGAUGAAAAAAAGCAAACCUACGCAUACACGCGAUGCUCUUCUCGUCUUGUUUUGUUUUUGCUGGAAGAACAAUUUCAUACUGCAUGCUCUUCCUCUUCGAUAUAUCCAAAGUUAUAAAUAGCAGGCUAUAGCUUCCGCUAUAAACCGCUAUAGCUUAUAGAAAGGACAGCUCCGCCGCUAAACGUCUUAGCCGGCGAUUUAAAAUAUUGGAUAUAUCAUCCAAAAAAAUUGAGAUGAACUACUAGUAGUAGCAGUAGUCAUUACAUAUUAUAAAUACAAGCCUUGUGUCGUCGCUAGCUAGCUAGCUAUUACAAGUCAGUUAGCUGUCUAUCUCGAAGCCAACAAGAUGUUCGAGAAUGUCAUCUGCGACCAAUCCACUCGGCAGUUCGUCUCCAACCUCACCUCCACGUACGUGAACGAGAGCAAUGAGGCGUCCAUGGUGGCGGCCUCCGUGAUCAUGUUCGUCCUGGCCGGGGUCUUCUUCAACCUCAACCUCUUCAGCGGCAUCUCCGACGUGAGCGCCAUCCUGGACCCCAAGGUCCGCAUCGUCCUCUCCUCGGCGCUCUCCCUGCUACUCCCCGUCAUGUCCUACCUCUUCUCCGAGGCCAAGAACGCCGGCGCCACCGCCCGCUCCACCGCCACCGGCGGCAAGCGCGCAACGGACCUCACGCUGCAGGCCCUGGUCAUCCUCGCGUGGAUGCUGCUGGUGGAGCUCCUCCGCAAGAAGGUGGACGAGAUCCGCAUGAAGGGCAUCUCCAGCAGCCUCCAGCGCGCCGGCCGCGUCGCCUGGCUCGGCAGCCUCGUCUUCUUCAACGUCCGCAGCGCCGGACGCAAGAUCAUCUUCGGCGUCCUCUGGAUCAUCUCCGCCACCACCGUGCUCCAGCGCAUCGCCUUCACCGAGUUCGGCAAACGCUCCUACGCCCACGGCAAGAACGCCCGCCUCGUCGCCUCCUACAUGGCCUGGAUCCUCGGCCCCGGCGGACAACCCGGCGCCGCCGCCGCCCAGAACGCCGCCGCGACAUCACAAGCCGGCGCGCCGGCGGAGGAGCACGCCGGUGUUCCCGUCGUCGUGCACCACCACCACGACGGCGACCACGACGUGGAGCGUGCUGCUGCUGCUCAGCGGCGGAUGCCUGAUGAGCAGCUGCUCAAGACGUGCCGGUACAUCGUGGUCGGAGAAGACCAGCUGGUGAAGGAGGCGACGGCGGACGGCUACGACCUGAACGUCGGCAAGAACGGUGUCGUGGCCGCCCCCGGCUUCGUCACCGUCGGCGAUGUCUGGAGCCUCGCCGAGAGUGACCCGACCUUAGCCAAUUGGGAUCAAGACCAACGCCUGAGGAGGCUCUGCCUCUCCUUCGCCCUCUUCAAGCUGCUCCGCCGCCGGUUCGAGCAGCACGAGCCGCUGACCGAGGAGGAAGCCGCCCACGGCCGGGAGCUCAUCCUCAAGGGCCUCUACUACACCAAGGUCAACAAGGUGGACGGCCAUGGAGGCACGGCGGCGACGGACUCGGCGGCGGUGUUCCAGGUGAUCAACGACGACGUCAACUUCCUCUCCGAGUACUACCACUCCGUGGUCCCCGUCAUCUUCGCGAGCCCCUUCUUCCUGCUCGCCAACUACCUCCUCCUCCCCGUGGUCGUGCUCGGGCUCUGCCUCAUGGUCGUCUUCCUCUGCGGCAACGGCGACCUCCGCUAUGCCAUGGCCAGCAUCCACGACGACAACUACACUCUCAACACCGGCAUCAGCAACCUCACCCUCUGCCUCCUCAAGGAGGUCGCCAAGAACCCCCCCAACUCCUUCUUCGCCCUGCUCGACCUCUCCAUCACCCUCCUCCUGUUCGUCAUCUUCGUCUACGAGUCCGUGUGGGAGCUCGCCGUCUUCCUCCUCUCCAACUGGUUCAUGGUCGCGCUCGUCUGCGACUACACGGGGCGGCCGGCGUGGCGGGGGAAGCCCGGCUUCCGGUGGGCCUUCCGCCAGGUCCGGUGGCUGCGCAGCAGGAUGAGCCACGGCGAGCUCACCAUCAAGCAGUUCUCCGUGCUCAACCUGCGCUGGCCGCCGGCGUUCCCGCUGCCGUCCACGCUCUCCCUGCUGGUCCGGGCCAGGACCGUCCCGGCCUGCGUCAAGGACGCCAUCAUGGAGUACCUCGUCGAGCAUGGCGGCGGCCGCGCCGCCCCCAUCUCCAUCGGCAAGCCCGUGCUGGCCGACAAGGUCGAAGAAGCCGGCGGCGGCAACCCGUUCUCGGAUCUCGGAUGGGCGUUCCCGUUCAAGAGCACGAGCAUCGCCGAGAUCAUCCUCACCUGGCACAUCGCCACCACCAUGUUCGGGGACAAGUUCCUGUCGUCUCCGUCUCCGGCGGCGGCCUCGGCGAGCAGCAUCGUGGCGACGAGGCUGUCGAGGUACUGCGCGUACCUGGUGAUGUUCCACCCGGAGCUGCUGCCGGACAACCCGGACAAGACGGAGGACGUGGUGGAGCGGAUGAAGAAGGAGCUCAAGGAGGGCCUCGGCUGCCUCGAGUUCUUCUUCUUCCGGAAGGCGGCCCGGGUAGAGAGGAUCAUGAAGCUCAGAGGGGAGGGGACCUGGACGGAGAAGAAGGUGGUGAAGAAUGGCGUGACGCUGGGCGCCUCGCUGCAGGAGAAGGCGGUGGCGGCGGCGGGUCAUCCGGAGAGGGUGUGGAGGAUGCUGGCCGACGUGUGGACGGAGCUCAUUGUGUACCUGGCGCCGUCGACCGACGAGGAGCGCAUGAAGGGGCACGAGGAUGCUCUGAUGCAGGGCGGCGAGUUCAUCACCGUGCUCUGGGCGCUCACCACGCACACCGGCAUAUCCCGGCAGCCCAUGCCGGGUGCCGGUCAGGGCGGAGAUGGCGAUCGCGCUGGCCGGGCCGCAGCUUCACCUGGAUCCGGCCAUUGAGCUAGUCGCUUGCAUAUUAUAUCACUGCUGCUUGCUUGCUCAUUGAGUUUGUAUUGCGUGUUCUGUGUAUUUGUUGUUUACCUCCCUUUUGAUUCAUUCUUCUGAGUAGUGUCAGGAUUUUUAUGCGUGUACAGGCUUUCAUGAGUGCCAGAGUGUACGUUCUGAGUACGCUCUGAAGUAUUACGGAAGAAAUCGAUAUGGAUUUUGUAAUUCAGCAGAAAUCCUGUUUGAAUUUUAUACUACAUAUGUUUUGAUUUA